AUGGAUGUUCCGGAGCAGAGGACGCUGGAGCGCAAGGUGCUGUGGUGGGUGGUGGGCGCGGUGGUGGUGCUGGCUCUUGCUGGCUCGUGCGGGGUUUGGCUGGCGGUGCGGGGCGGGCCGAUGGCUGUGGCGCACCGCGGGGCGUCGGGUGACGCUCCGGAGAACACCAUGCCGGCGGUCAAGGCUGCGCUGGCUGUCCACGGCGCUGCUGUCGAGUUUGACGUCCAGAUCACCAAAGAUGGCGUAGUGAUCGGCAUGCACGACACGACCGUCGACCGGACGACAAACGGAAAGGGCAAGGUCAACGAUCUGGAGUGGUCAUACAUCGCCACACUCGAUGCUGGAUCGUGGAAGAGCGAGAAGUUUGCCGGAACGCGCGUGCCGCGGCUGGAGGAAGUGCUUGAGGCCAUGGCAGCGAUGCCUGAUCGACUCCUGCUGCUGGACACCAAGAACAUUGGCGCCGGCCUGUUUGCCGGCGUCGCGGCGGCGCUCGACGCAGCGCCAGCGAGCGUCCGCUCCCAGGUCCGCAUCGGGUGCUGGGACAAAAAGUGUCUGGAGGCUGCGACCGCCGCCGGCCUUGGCGACGUACCGCGCAUUGUCAUCACCCCGUUCCCGGUGGCCCCGUUCGCCUUUGACGCCUACCGCAAGCUCGGCGUCGAGGGCUUCAACGUCGGCCUCCAGUUUGGCUUCCUCGGCCUCUGCAAGCCGUGGACCGCCAAGGCGCAGCACUCUGGCUUCUCGGUCUGGGUCUGGACCAUCGAUGACGAGAAGACGAUGGGCAAGGUCGCCUCGUGGGGCGUCGACGGCGUCGUCACCAACUACCCGGCGCGGGUCGGCGGCCUGCAUGCCGCCCACCAUCGCCUGCGUCACGGCUUCCAUCACGGCCACGGCCAUGGCCAUCACGGCCACGGCCAUGGCCAUCAUGGCCACGACGACGACCAUCAUGGCCACGACGACGACCAUCACGGCCACGACCAAGGCCAACACAACGGCCACGACCAGGGCCAACACGACGGCCACGACCAGGGCCAACACGGCGGCGACCAUCACGGCCACGACCAAGGCCAACACAACGGCCACGACCAGGGCCAACACGACGGCCAUGGCCACCGCCACGGCCACCGCCACGGCCACGAUGGCAAGCACGACAACCUCCUCCACGGCGGCGGCAAGUGUGGCUCCGCCAUGGCCGAAGCCCAUCGCGCCGCCAUGGUUUACGCAUGCUUCACUUUCCAUGACCACGGCCCGUUCAUGGGCGACGACGUGAAAAUGUCCCCAGGCGAGGCGUUCCUUUAUGACUCGGCGUCGUGCAAGGCGCUCGCCAACUGCCCGCGCACCGCCGACGGCGCAGACAUCGACGCUACUGCCGACGAGACCGCAGCCUGCGCCAAGCAUGCCGCUGAUCUCGUCGAGGAGUACCUCGGCCUUGUCCACUAA